AGAAAAAAGAGACAGAUAAAGCCAUCCAUUAUUUCUCCAUAUUCCCUCCCUAUCCCAUGACAUGAGCCACUCAUCUUGAAUCACAACACUUCCUGCAAUAAAAAAACAAAAACAAAAAAGACACAUUUUGAAAGAAAUUAGAUAAAGAGUUCCCAAAAUCUUAGAAUUCCAUCAUCACAAACUCAACAUGAGGCUCAAAUUCAGCCCAACAAAAUAAACAUGGCCCCAACCACAGACCUCCUUAAUCCAAUAAAAAUGAAGAGGAAUGAGAAGCGUGACGAGAGUGAGAUCCUGAAGGCCGUGGCGCAGGCAUGGCACGCCCACUCCGGCAGCUCAAAGGCGGCGGCGGACACGUCGGAAUUCGAGACGCGCAGGAUGUAUUUCAAGGGCAAGCCGAGCAGGUUCAAGCUGGAAGCAAUGCGCAGAGCAACUAAAAGAGAUGAGUGUUGGGAUUUCGCGCAGUCGUUGUGGGAUUCUUAUGAGAUUAUAUCAGUUUCCAAGAAGCUGGAGGCCGGGAUGCUCUUGGAACAUCCAUUUUCCGACCCGCCCACCAGAAAGGAGAGCAACAACAGCUUGAGGAAUUUGUUCAACAAGAUGUCGUCGUCAACAAGAUUUACUUAAUUACUUCAAUUCACUCAUCAAUACAUCUUCAAAUUAUCAUAGCUUAAUUUGUAUACAUUUUUGGAUGGCUCUAAAUAUAUAUAGAUUAGUUUGAGUUGGAUUCUAUAUAUACAUGUUUAUAUCACAUGAGCACUGAGCAAUUUGGGUUUGGUAUAUUAUUCAGCAUAUAUAUAUAUGCUGCAGAUCGAAAA